AGAGGAUUCUACUCUGGUACCAAACAUUACACUAUCUGUCAAAUUUUUUUACAUCUUUUAAUAAAUUUGAAACAAAACAUCGACUAUGGCGCCCCCCGCUGUUGGAGAACCUGCUAGUGGCGACAUCACCGACCAACAACAAAUAUUUGACAGUCCAGAGGAAAGCCUUGGGGAAGAAGUUCUUAAAAUGAGCACGAAUGAAAUCAGCAGCAGAACUAAACUACUUGAUAAUGAAAUAAAGAUAAUGAAAAGUGAAACGAUGAGAAUCGGGCACGAACUUCAAUCCAUGAAGGAAAAGAUCAAAGAAAACGCUGAAAAGAUAAAAGUCAACAAAACCCUGCCUUAUCUUGUUUCUAAUGUAAUUGAGCUCCUGGAUGUUGAUCCUGAUGAGCAAGCAGAGGAAGAUGGAAGCAAUAUUGACCUCGACUCACAAAGGAAAGGAAAAUGUGCCGUUAUCAAAACAUCAACGCGACAGACGUACUUUCUACCAAUCAUGGGAUUAGUUGAACCUGAAGAUUUAACACCGGGUGAUCUCGUGGGUGUGAACAAGGACUCAUACCUAAUCUUGGAGAAGUUACCGACGGAAUACGACUCGCGUGUGAAAGCCAUGGAGGUGGAUGAACGACCAACCGAACAGUAUUCAGAUAUCGGGGGAUUGGAUAAACAAAUACAAGAGUUGAUUGAAGCCGUGGUUCUUCCCAUGACCCACAAGGAUCGGUUUGAAAGCAUCGGGAUACAACCCCCUAAGGGAGUGUUAAUGUACGGACCUCCUGGGACGGGAAAAACAUUAUUGGCGCGUGCGUGUGCUGCUCAAACGAAGUCGACCUUCCUGAAGUUAGCUGGUCCCCAGUUGGUCCAGAUGUUCAUUGGGGACGGAGCAAAGUUGGUGAGAGACGCCUUCGCGCUGGCCAAGGAAAGGAAACCAGCGAUCAUAUUUAUUGAUGAAUUGGAUGCUAUUGGCACUAAAAGGUUUGACAGUGAGAAGGCUGGUGAUCGUGAGGUUCAACGCACAAUGUUGGAGUUAUUAAACCAACUUGAUGGAUUUGAACCUUAUAAUGAUAUCAAGGUUAUCGCGGCAACGAACAGAGUCGACAUCCUCGACCCAGCGUUGCUCAGAUCGGGUCGUCUUGACCGAAAAAUUGAAUUCCCUGUUCCUAAUGAAGAAGCUCGUGCCAGGAUCUUACAGAUUCACUCAAGGAAGAUGAAUGUUAGUGCUGAUGUAAACUUUGAGGAACUAGCUCGAUGCACGGAUGAUUUCAAUGGAGCUCAACUUAAAGCUGUUUGUGUUGAAGCUGGUAUGAUUGCGUUACGUAGAGAAGCGAUAGACCUCACCCAUGAAGAUUACAUGGAAGGCAUACUAGAGGUUCAAGCUAAGAAGAAAGCCAACUUACAAUACUAUGCCUAGAUUUUCAACAACAAUUAGACUUUGCAAUGUUCACCAUUUUGAAACUGUUGGGAUUCAUAAAGUUCCGUAUUGCGAAAAUUUGUUCAUGUUUUGCUGCUGGACUUGGGUAUAUGGUGGUUCGAUUGCGUUAUUGACAUUCAGAUGGAAAUAAAAUGAUUUCGUGACCAAUAUUAAA